AUGGAGUCAGGGCAGGGAACUGUAACAUGCGGCUCAUGGAUCCGGAGACCCGAGAACUUGAAUCUUGUUGUGCUUGGCAAGUCAUUGAAGAAGAGAGAUUCUGCUUCUCCUUCUGUGCUUGAGAUCUUCUCUUUUGACCCACAAACAAAUUCUCUCUCAAACUCUCCUCAGGUAACUUAUGUGUUUGAAGAAACAGAAGGUGAACCAGUGACAAUUGCAGUGCAUCCAAGUGGAGAUGAUUUUGUGUGUUCUACAACUAAAGGUGGAUGCAAAUUGUUUGAGUUGUAUGGUCAAGAAACGAAUUUAAAGGUGUCAGCCAAAGAACUACCUCCUCUCCAAGAUGUUGGUCCACAGACUUGCAUGGCUUUUAGUGUUGAUGGGUCUAAAUUUGCCACUGGUGGGGCGGAUGGGCAACUAAGAAUUUUGGAGUGGCCAAGUUUGCGCAUCAUUUUGGAUGAACCAAAAGCGCACAAAUCUGCCAGGGAUAUGGAUUUUAGCCUGGAUUCAGAAUUCCUAGCUUCAACAUCUACCGAUGGUUCAGCAAGAAUAUGGAAAGCAGAAGAUGGCUCACCUGUGGCUACUUUGACUCGCAACUCAGAUGAAAAGAUUGAAUUAUGCCGAUUCUCCAAGGAUGGGACAAAACCAUUCUUAUUUUGUGCUGUGCAGAAAGGUGAUAAAGCUGUCACUGCAGUUUAUGACAUAAGUACAUGGAAUAAGAUUGGAUACAAGAGGCUACUUAGAAAGCCUGCUGCCAUAAUGUCUAUCAGCUUGGACGGGAAAUAUCUUGCUCUAGGAAGCAAAGAUGGAGAUGUCUGUGUAGCAGAAGUGAAGAAAAUGGAGGUUUCCCACUUGAGUAGGAGGCUGCACCUGGGUACAUGCAUUACCUCUCUGGAGUUCUGUCCCAGUCAAAGGGUUGUGCUUACUACUUCCAGUGAAUGGGGAGCAGUGGUGACUAAAUUGAAUGUUCCUGCGGAUUGGAAAGAGUGGCAGAUUUAUUUGGUUCUCGUAGGACUGUUCCUAGUGUCUGCUGUUGCAUUUUACAUUUUCUUUCAGAAUUCUGAUUCAUUCUGGAAUUUUCCACUUGGAAAAGAUCAUCCUGGAAGACCGAAAUUUGAAAUUUUAGAUCCAAAGUACUCUGAAGAUGCAUUCGGGCCUCUAGAUAUGUGA